AUGCAUUCUCAUCAUUCUCAUUCCGGCGAUUAUGUUGCCCAUGGCGUAGACUGUCUAGAAUUAAUGGUUGAUCAUGUUAUAAAAGCCGAUUUUCACACAUAUUGUUUGACUGAGCAUAUGCCAAGAUUGGAAUAUAAAUUCCUGUACCCAGAAGAAAAGUUCAAUCCUGAGAAUGAUGAAGUAUCUUUAAAGGUCUUACAAGCUAAAUUCAAGAAUUUCCUGAGACAUGCACAAGAGAUUAAAAAUAGGCAUAUACCAGAUCGAACUAAGUUUAUAGUAGGAAUGGAGGUAGAAGCAUGUGAUAUUUCACAUAUUGAAUAUGCAAAAACCUUAAUGUUAGAACAUAAAUCUGUUUUGAAAUUUUGCGUUGGUUCGGUCCAUCAUAUUAAUGGCAUAGCAAUAGAUUUUGACCAAGAAAAUUGGAAUAGAGCCUUAAGCGUAGCAGGAAAUAAUCUUAAACGGUUGUUAAUCGAUUAUUUCAAUUUGCAAUAUUUACUCCUUGUAAACUUAAAGCCUUUGAUAGUGGGCCAUUUUGACUUAUUUAAACUACUUAUACCUAGGAACCUGAUCAUAGAUGAAGAAACCGGGACAGUUUUAAAAGGUCCAACAGAUGGAGGGGUACAUGCAUAUGGAUUUCCCUAUGUUACUAAAUGGGGAACUGUAAGGGAACUUAUCGUCAGGAAUUUAAAAUAUAUAAAAAGUUAUGGCGGUGCUGUUGAGAUAAAUACAUCAGCAUUGAGAAAGAACCUACCGGAACCGUAUCCUGGGAAAGAUGUAUGCGAACUAGUCAAAAAAUACUGUUCGGGAAGGUUUGUGUUAAGUGACGACGCACAUGCACUCUCUCAGAUCGGAGUUUGCUAUGAUGAAGCUCUCAAUUAUAUGACUGAGGAACUGAAGCUGCAACAAUUAUUUUAUCUGGCAGAAAAUGAUAAUGGAGAACUUCUAUUCGAGAGCACAACUAUCGAAGAUGUUAAAAAUGAUGCCUUCUGGAUCAAGAGAAAAGAGGGAAACUCUUCAUAUGCAAAGUGCUAG